UCUGCCUGAUGGAGAUGAACCAGGAGGAACUGGCCGACACACUGUGGGGCGGAUCUGCUGCUGUUGAGUGCCAACAUAAAAUCAAGUCUCAUUUGAAGAAGAAGUUCAAGUGUGUGUCUGAGGGAAUCGCUAAAGCAGGAAAUCAAACGGGUCUGAAUGACUUCUUCACAGAGCUCUUCAUCACAGAGAGAGGCAGUGGAGAGGUCAACAAAGAACAUGAGGUCAGACUGAUUGAAACAGCUUCCAGGAAACCAGCCAAGGAAGAAACACCAAUCAAAUGUGAAGACAUCUUUAAACCCUUACCUGGACAAGAUCAACCAAUCAGAACAAUAGUGACAACCGGAGUGGCCGGCAUUGGUAAAACCAUCGUAACACAAAGGUUCACUCUGACCUGGGCUGAAGGCAAUAAAAACCAGGACAUACACUUCACAUUUCUCUUAACUUUCAGAGAGCUGAAUUUACUGGAAAAUAAAGAGUUUAGCUUGGUGGAACUUCUUCAUCGCUUCUUUAUUGUGACCAAAGAAGCAGGAAUCUGCAGAUAUGAACGGUUCAAAGUUCUCUUCAUCUUGGAUGGUCUGGAUGAGUGUCGACUUCCUCUGGACUUCCAGAACAACCAGACCUGGACUGAUGUCAAAGAGCCGACCUCGGUGGACAUGCUGCUGACAAACCUCAUCAGGGGCGACCUGCUUCCCUCCGCUCGCAUCUGGAUAACCACUCGCCCUGCGGCAGCCAAUCGGAUCCCAGCUGAGUGUGUUGACAGGGUAACAGAGGUGAGGGGAUUCACCGACCCACAGAAGGAGCAGUAUUUCAGUAAGAGAUUCAAAGACGAGAAGCUGGCCAACAAAAUCAUCUCCCACGUCAAGAAAUCACGAAGCCUCCACAACAUGUGUCAAAUCCCAGUCUUCUGUUGGAUCACUGCUACAGUUCUGGAGGACAUCUUAAAAAAAUCCCAGAUAGACGAGAUGCCCAAGACCGUGACUCAGAUGUACAGCUACUUCCUUUGGGUUCAGUCGAUACAGGGGGACAGGAAGUACCAUGGGAGAGCUGAAACGGAUUCAUACUGGGGUCCAGAGAGCAGGAAGAUUAUUGUCUCUUUGGGAAAACUGGCUUUUAACCAGUUGGAGAAAGGCAACCUGAUCUUCUACGAGGCUGACCUGGCAGAGUGUGACAUCGAUAUCAAAGAAGCCUCAGUGUACUCAGGAGUGUUCACCAAGAUCUUUAAAGAGGAGUGCGAGAUGUACCAGGACAAGGUCUUCUGCUUUGUCCAUCUGAGCCUCCAGGAGUUUCUGGCUGCCCUUUAUGUCUUUCUGUCCUUCAUCAACGAUGGUGUCAAUCUGCUCUCAGAAGAACCGCCCACCUCUGGGGAAGAUAAACUCCUCCUCCUCUACCAGAAUGGUGUGGACAAGGCCUUACAGAGUGAGAACGGACAACUGGACUUGUUCCUCCGCUUCCUCCUGGGCCUCUCUCUGGAGACCAAUCAGAUUGUCCUACGAGGUCUGCUGGGACAGACAGGAACUAGCUCACUGACCAUUACAAAAACAGUGUCUUACAUCAAGGAGAAGAUAGAUGGAGACCUCUCUCCAGAGAGAAGCAUGAACCUGUUCCACUGUCUGAAUGAGCUGAACGACCGUUCUCUAGUGAAGGAGAUCGAACAGUACCUGACAUCAGGAAGACUCUCCAGAAAAUCUCUCUCUCCUGCUCAAUUGUCAGCUCUGGCCUUCAUCCUACUGACAUCAGAAGAGGGGCUGGACGUGUUUGACCUGAAGAAAUACUCUGCUUCAGAGGAGGGUCUUCUGAGGCUGCUGCCAGUGGUCAAAGCCUCUAAAACAUCUCUGCUCAAUGGCUGUCAUCUGUCAGAGAGAUGCUGUGAAGCUCUGGCCUCAGUUCUCAGCUCCAACUCCUGUAGUCUGAGAGAGCUGGACCUGAGUACCAAUGAUCUGCAGGAUUCAGGAGUGAAGCUGCUCUCUGCUGGACUGGGGAGUCCACACUGUACACUGGAAACUCUCAGCUUGUCUGGCUGCCUGGUCACACAGGAAGGCUGUGCUUCUCUGACCUCAGCUCUGAGCUCCAACCCCUCCCAUCUGAGAGUGCUGGACUUGAGCUACAAUCACCCAGGAGACUCUGGAGCUGCGCUGCUCUCUGCUGGACUGGAGGAUCCACGCUGGAGACUGGACACUCUCAGGUAUGGAGAGGACAGCUCACCGCUCAGGCACAAUGUCUCCUUCAAGGAUUCAAGCCGCUGCUAGAUGAAGUGGUUUGAAGAGGCAGCUGUCACUCAUGUUCUGUAGAAAGUGAUGAGACAGCAGAUGAUGAAGGUGAAUGUUUCAACAUGCUGCUCUCACUUUGAUUCCCCCCCAGUG